GAGUUCAACGAACCAGAGUUCAGUUAAAGUGGACUAAAAGACUGGUGCAAAUGCACCUUGUAGAAACUGUGGACUUGUUUAAAUUAUGAAUUUUGUUGACUGUUACGUACCCGGAAGGGCAGUAGAUUAUUUUAUCUGUUGAUUUCCAUAAUGUGUCAUAUACUUGAUCUUACUUCAAACUUGAAAGUUUCCUUUAAUGACUUGUUUAAAUGUCUUUUUUAACUUCAUUGUGUUUUUCUUUUCAUUUAUAUUUAUUCCCUCUGUAAAUCACUUCAUUUUAUGAAUGGGAUUGUACAAAUGUCCUUGGCCUGCCAUGCCUUACCUUUUGCAGUCUCCUGUUUCUCUUCAGAGGAAGUGGAACGGCCUUCACACACAAACCCUUGAUGAAGACGAGUGGCUGAGAUGUGACCCUCCUCCAUCUGAGAAAGGUUCGGGGGACUCCUCUCCUCCACCAGUGAUCUCACAAGCGAAUGUCAGCAAAAAAGACUCUGAACAAGAUCAAACCAUGAAUGUCAGAGAGCUGGUCAAGGCUUUCAACGGCUGUUACCAACAACGUCCUCCGUUGCUGUCCAGACCACCGAGCAAACAGGCCCCAAGGAAAAUGAUAAAACACGACGACUCGUCUGUCUCCUUCAAGCCAAUGACACCAUGGGACAACGUUAUGAAGAACCUCAAGCUUAAAGAAUUAUCCAACAAACAGGUCAUCAAUGUUCAAGCGAGGCAUCUGUACAAAGGAAUCCAGACUUACAUCCAACUAAUGUCUACACAUGAUGGGAAACUUAAAUUGCUCAUCUCGGAGUUCCGUAGCAUCGCUGACAACUUGGACAAGGUUUCAAAGGGAACAAAGAUCGCCGGCAUCACUGGAGGAGCGUCAACAGCAGCAGGAGGCGUGGCGGCUGCCGCCGGGGUCAUCCUGGCCCCUUUCACCGCGGGAGCCUCGCUGGCCCUUACUGUUGUUGGGGCCGGAGUGGCUGCAGCCGGCGGGGUCACCGGGGCGUCAGCGGCCAUCGCAAACAAGGCUAAUCUAAAUCAAGACAAAAAGAAAAUUGAGAGAACCCUUCAGGAGUUCAAAGAGCUUCAUGAAGAAAUUCUAACAUGCCUGAAGUUCAUUAACAAGGGCAUGAACCUGCUGAAGACCGACGGUGUGUCUGCUCUCAAAGUCAUGGUGGACAAAAACGAGAUGGUUUCAAAGGAGGCAGCCUCUGCCGUGCAGCUGACUAUUAGGAAAGCGAGUUGUAUGGAUUCAGAGAAGAGCAACAACGUUUCCGGCCUGCUGGAUGGCUUCGCACUUGGCAUGGAAAUCUACUUCAACAAAGAUGGACAGACGGUGAAGAAAAAGCUUGCGUCGCAGCUCGCCGCAAAUAUCCGAAAACUAGCAAAAGACCUUGCCUCUGGUCUGGAAGAGCUUCAUAAGACAAAGGAUGUGUUUGGGAGCAUUUAAAAAAUAAAUCUUGUACCUUUCAGAAAUUGCGGUUUCUGACAGGCACAAGGUAGGAAAAGGGUAUGGUUCAACUUGGGUUUUUUUUCUAGGUACAUGCAACAAUUAAAAAUGCUUAAUCAGCCUAUAUCCGAUGAUUGUAAACACUAGGAAAUAAGCUUGUAUUUUCUUUUCCUUGAUAUGUUGGCUUCUUUGGUACGUCAUGUUAUUUUUACGAUUGAUAAAUUUCUGCAGUCAAGGAUGAAACAUGGUGGAAUGAGCGUCGCUUAUUUGGUGUCUGUGUUCAGGCUGGUUUUAUGGUCUUGUACAGUUUUACUUUGUUCUAAGAAAGGUUUCAAUACUGUCUUUAUUUAUAUGUGUAUGUAGGAAUAAUCACAUUCCUUUAUCACAUUUUGUCUUUGGUACAUCCAGGGGGCAGCCCAGUCCUCAGCUCUGCCCACCACUACUUCUUUUCAUUCUUUUCUAUGAUGGCAGACCGCAAGAAAAUUCGGGGUGAACACCGCCAUCUACUGGACAUUAGUGUGAAGCGGCAUUCACGCGCAUCCCUUACACUCAGUUUUAAAAUUUUGUAUCACGAAACUUCGAGUCUCAAGACGGUGAGGUUGGGUUUUUGUUUGAAGAAACUGGAAAACCGCACACAAACAGAAAACCACCCAAUAUAAUAAUAAUAA